AUGUCAACAGCCACCCCACUGCCGGCCUACGCCGCAUACGAGCACUUCGUCAUCAGCUCGCCCGCGCCGUUCGUCGCGCACGUCGAGAUCAACCGCCCACACAAGCUCAACGCCUUCUCGCGGCCAAUGUGGCUUGAGUUUGGACGCAUCUUUACGCAGCUGAGCGCCGAUGAAGAUGUGCGCGUUGUGGUGCUGAGCGGUGCGGGCGACAGGGCAUUUACCUCGGGACUGGACGUGCAGGCUGCGGCAGAGGACGGUGCGCUCACGCCUGCAGAGGGGGAGGAUGUGGCAAAGAAGGCAAAGAGCAUGAGAAGCCAUAUCGAAGAGUUUCAAGAUUGCAUUGGUGCGGCCGAGAAGUGUGAGAAGCCUGUCAUCUGCGUCCUUCAUGGCAUCGCUAUUGGCCUUGCCAUAGAUAUUUCCUGCUGCGCCGACAUCCGUAUUUGCGCAUCCAACACCCGCUUCGCUGUCAAGGAGGUAGACAUCGGCUUGGCGGCUGACAUUGGCACCCUCGCAAGACUGCCCAAGAUUGUCGGGUCGAUGUCGUGGGUCAAGGACGUGUGUCUCAGUGCGCGAGACUUCUCGGCCCAAGAAGCGGUGGCGGUUGGUUUCGUGAGCCAGGUGCAUGGGACCAAGGAGCAGGCUGUGCAGGCGGCCGUGGCUAUGGCGGCCGCCUUGGGCGAGAAAAGCCCCGUUGCGGUGCAAGGAACCAAGGAACUGCUCAACUACGGGCGGGAUCAUGAUGUGCCGGAGAGCUUGAAGUACACGAGGGUGUGGAAUGCGGCGGCCUUGCAGGGCAAGGACUUUCCACAGGCCAUCAUGAGUGGCCUUAAGAAGACUAAGCCACGAUUUGAGAAGCUGUAG